AGGCGCGCUGGGGGGAUGCGCUCCCUCAGGGCUCUGCAGGAGGCGCUGAGCGGGGCCGGCGCUCAGUGCCGGCUGGGAGGCUGGGGCCGCCCGAGCCGGAGCCCUCUCCUUGGCGGGGGCGUCCGGCACCACCUCAGUGAGGCCGCGGCGCUGGGCAGGGAGACGCCGCACAGCCACCAGCCGCAGCGCCAGGAUCAUGAUUCAUCAGAGAGUGGCAUGCUAUCCCGCCUGGGUGAUCUCCUCUUCUACACUAUUGCUGAAGGACAGGAACGAAUCCCCAUCCACAAGUUCACUACUGCACUGAAGGCCACUGGACUGCAGACAUCAGAUCCCCGGCUCCGGGACUGCAUGAGCCAGAUGCGCCGCAUGGUUCGAGAGUCCAGCAGUGGUGGCCUCUUGGACCGAGAUCUCUUCCAAAAGUGUGUGAGCAGCAACAUUGUGCUCCUGACCCAGGCAUUCCGAAAGAAGUUUGUCAUUCCUGAUUUUGAGGAGUUCACGAGCCAUGUGGAUCGCAUCUUUGAGGAUGCCAAAGAGCUCACUGGAGGCAAAGUGGCGGCUUAUAUCCCUCAGCUGGCCAAGUCCAAUCCAGACCUGUGGGGCGUCUCCUUGUGCACUGUGGAUGGUCAACGGCACUCCGUGGGCCACACAAAGAUUCCCUUCUGCCUGCAGUCCUGUGUGAAGCCCCUCACCUAUGCUAUCUCCAUAAGCACCCUAGGGACUGAGUACGUGCACAAGUUUGUGGGCAAGGAGCCCAGUGGCCUACGCUACAACAAGCUGUCCCUCAAUGAGGAAGGAAUCCCCCAUAACCCCAUGGUCAAUGCUGGUGCCAUUGUCGUGAGCUCCCUGAUCAAGAUGGACUGUAACAAAGCAGAGAAGUUUGAUUUUGUGUUACAGUAUCUGAACAAAAUGGCUGGGAACGAAUACAUAGGUUUCAGCAAUGCCACAUUCCAGUCAGAGAAGGAAACAGGGGAUCGGAAUUAUGCCAUCGGCUAUUAUCUAAAGGAAAAGAAGUGCUUUCCUAAGGGGGUGGACAUGAUGGCUGCUCUUGAUCUCUAUUUCCAGCUGUGCUCUGUGGAGGUGACCUGUGAGUCGGGCAGCGUCAUGGCAGCCACCCUGGCCAACGGCGGGAUCUGCCCCAUCACGGGGGAGAGCGUCCUGAGUGCUGAAGCAGUGCGCAACACCCUCAGCCUCAUGCACUCCUGUGGCAUGUAUGACUUCUCGGGCCAGUUUGCCUUCCACGUGGGCCUGCCGGCCAAGUCAGCUGUGUCAGGAGCCAUCCUCCUAGUGGUACCCAAUGUCAUGGGAAUGAUGUGUCUGUCACCUCCACUGGACAAGCUAGGGAACAGCCAUAGGGGCAUCAGCUUCUGCCAGAAGCUGGUAUCUCUUUUCAAUUUCCACAACUACGACAACCUGAGGCACUGUGCUCGGAAGUUAGACCCACGGCGUGAAGGGGGAGAAGUUCGGAACAAGACUGUGGUGAACCUGUUAUUUGCUGCCUAUAGUGGAGAUGUCUCAGCUCUUCGAAGGUACCAAAUAAACAAUGAAAAUAGUCCUGGUCAGAGAUCUCAUUAUGAGUCAACACAGCAAAAUAGUUUGCCUUGUCAGCCAUGGACAUGGAACAGAAAGACUAUGAUUCCCGCACAGCCCUGCAUGUUGCUGCGGCUGAAGGACACAUUGAAGUUGUUAAAUUCCUGAUUGAAGCUUGCAAAGUGAAUCCUUUUGUCAAGGACAGGUGGGGCAACGUUCCCUUGGAUGAUGCUGUGCAGUUCAACCACCUGGAGGUUGUGAAACUGCUGCAGGAUUACCAGGACUCCUACACACCAUCUGAGACUCAGGCCGAGGCAGCGGCUGAGGCCCUGUCCAAAGAAAACUUAGAGAGCAUGGUGUGAGCAUGGGACAUGCACACAGUCCCUGCUCAGAAAAAGCACGAGCUGGCCACACCCUCAAUCCAUAACCACCAAACAUGCUAUGGAGAGCCACCUUGCUUCAGUGGGGACCAAAACUUAGGCCACUGCUUCCUGUGAGAGUGAAAAUACCCCAUUCCCUUGACAGAGCAUAGAGAAGUGCCUUGGUGGACACAUGCAGUAGAGCAAUCCACGGAGACUAUGAGCUGCUUCCAGGUACACCCUAAUGGUUGGGCCCACUUAAAAUCAUCCCAGGUCUUCACCCAGGUCCCCUCUCCCUCUCCCUAAAGAAACCAUCAUGGGAGACACAGAAAUACUCCGGUAAAGAGGUCUUAGCUACCAUGCAUAGGUGUAUAUCCACAGAAGAAGUGGGACAGCUAUGUUCCAGGCUUUAAGAGCCUGGACAGGUCUGCCCUCCUUGGCUGGGAAGUACUGCUGCUACUGCUAAUUUUAUAGACAGAGAAAGUAUUUUGUGCUCAAAUAAACUUUAAUUACACAAAUUA